UAUUCUGUCUCCAAAAGCACCUCCCCCCCACUGCGCCUCCACGUGUUUCGCUCGCUCGCCGUCACACGAUCGCUGCUAAAUUUGCUACUGAUUAGAGAGUACGCCCCUCCCAAAAGUCGACCAUUCUUUGAAUAUCUUCUCCGCACCCACCUUUGCCCAAAUGUCCACUACUAACACUGUGAGCAAUUCGCCUAAGAUCCUCCAGCUCCUCAAGCCACUUGUCACAAACAUCCAGUUCUACUGGUUCCUUGGCCAUGUGGCAACCGUGACGUUUUCCGUGCUCCACUCGCUCACGUCGCUCUUCAAGGCGGCGUAUUCGCCGACACCACUUAGGUUUUAUCGCUGGGCUUUGGUUGCCAUUAUCUUCUCAUACCUUAUUGUGCUCCGCCAGUCGUACAAGAACAAAAAGUCGCUUCCGUUCCAGUUGCUUGUGAACCGCGACUUUUUACUCCACGACUUCUUGAAGAAUGAUAACGUGCAAUACUUGUUGUUUGCGCUCUCGUUGCUUCUCUUCACUACCAACGCAAACCCGAACCGUGGCCCGAUCCCGUUGCAAGGCGCGCUAUACUCCUUUACCAUCUUUUCCACCUUCCACGCGUUGAACUAUUUCAACAACAACUUGAACAAAUCGAACGCCCGUCUUCUGGACUGGAUCAAGAACUUCCAGGCACAAUUCUCAGAAAAGUCUCACUAUAUCUGUGCCACUGCCGAGGCCAUGAUUCUCUUGCAGAUGAUCACCAUAGUGCCAAGGACGCUUAUUCUUUUGGUGUUCAGAUGGCAGGUUCUCAACGCGGCGAAGCACUUGAUUGUUGUGCUCAGUUAUGUCGUGUUCAUUAAGUUGAGAUACGAGCAGAAUGCUGUUACCAAGACUGUUAUUGAUGGGUACGUGUUGAAGGUUGACACUUUAUUGAGUGCGCCACAAUUGGCCGUGAUUCCUGUCCAGGUGAAGAACUUCUGGUUUGUGACGGUCAAGGGCUUGGUGCGGAAGUACAUUGGGCCUAUCCGAUUGCCACAGAGUAAGCCGGGGAAGAAGGAGAUGUAACGUGAAAACUUGCCAGAAAUUUCUUCCCGCGUGGGGGUUAGCUCCACAGCUCUGUCGUUCCAUCGCCACUUUGGAUCUCCCUACUUAUUCCCUCAUCAUGUCUUGCCGCAUUUCCUUAGGGCUGAUUUACUGGGUCUGCCUCUCCUUUCGCAACUACCGGAAACCCUUAGUCGACUGUCUCUCAUUCUCGUGUACCAUAACUGU